AUGGCGUCGAAUUCGAAGCCAUUCGUCUCUGCCUCCGGCGAGUUCCCUCUACAGAUGAAUCUCUCAGGUUCCGUUCCCAUCAGAGCUCCUCUUACAAUUGAUAAUUCUGAUUCUGAAUUUGAUUUGUCAAGUGACGCCACUCUUUCCGAAACCGCUUCGCAUUCUGACCUAGAAGAAGAACCACAUUACGCAUCUCAAGAAGAUGAAGAAGAAGAGUGUUUUGAACUUGACGAAGAACUUCCCCUUCUCGAACAAGUGCCUCUGCGUGUUACUCCCUUCGCUCAUUUGUCUACUUACGACGACGAAGAGGAAAACGAAGAUGAUGACGAAGAAGAUGGUGGUGAAAUCAUGAAUGUUGUGAGAGUACCGGAGAAUGUUGUCCUCGCACCGAGAAUUAAGGUGCUGGACGUUGAAAAAGAAAAUUCUGAUUCAGGUUCCGAUGUUUCCAUUGAUGGAGAAGGUAUUGGAAUAAGAGUAGCUUGUGAUGGAGACUCUACUGCUACUGCAACUGAUUCUGAUGUUAUGUCGCAGUAUUCCAGAGAUGGUUUGGAGAAUGAGCAAUUUGGGAAGGUAAGUGUUGCAUUUAAUGAAAUUGAAAAUGAUGAUAUGAAAUUAUAUGGUUUAGAUAGAGAUGAUGGAAUUAGGGAUGAGUUAAUUGAGACUGAUAAUGUAAUGGAAAGUAACUUGCAAGUGGAAACCACUGAUACGGUGGAAGAAACUUCUAAUGCCAACAACUUAUUGGAAUUUGAUGUUGAGGGUUAUGUCAACAGCAUAAUGCUGGAGCAUAAUACAAGUGCUGGCUAUUUAGAACAGAAUCCUGAAACAGAAAAUGUUGAAGAUAAUACUACAACGAUUCAAAGUAUUGCAACUAAUGGAGGUCAAAGUGAUGUUGCUUCUCAUCAAGAAUGCGAGAGUGAGAAACUGGUAAGCGUAACUGAUUAUGUAGACGACUCAAAAGAUAUGUUGCAUGAUUCUUCUGUUGGUUUUGAAUCCAAUGAUGGUGUUUCUGAAGGUAAUGAAAUUCAGGGUGUUGAGUAUUCUGAACUUUCUGAUCCUGCACUCUUUGAAGAGUGUAAAUAUUUGAAAAAUGGUUUGUCUGAAACUGGUUUAGAUUUUAUUCUAAAAGAUGGGUUGUUUUGUGAUUACCAUUCACACGAGAAUGCGGAAACGUUUAACUUUGGAGACAAUGUAAACGAAGAGGCUACUAUGGAGCUAAACACAGUAAGUCAAGAGUCAAAAAGAGAUAGUUCGGAUUUGGAUGAAGAUGUCGAAGAGUUGAUGUCAGUUCGCCUUGAGCAGUUCAGGGAACAAAUUUCAGCUCUCUCGACUCUUUUGGGUUCAAUAGGUUCUGGAAAGAACUGUCAUCAAGAAGAAACAGUAACAAGUCCACAUGGAAGAAUGAACUUAGCAAAGGAUGAUGUGAGAAGUCAAUUAAUAUAUUUUGAUAGUGUAGGUGAAUCAGAUUGCAACAGAGUUACAGUCACUUAUGCUGAUCAAUCUGAUGUUCUUUUCCUCAAAGGUCCAGCUAGUUUGAGUUCCUUACCAGGUGGUGAUGCUCAAGUUUGGUUCCAACACAACAUAAGUGAAAAUGAAAAGGAAAAAAUACACGAGAUACAGACCAUGAGUGUCGAAUUCUUGAGGCUUGUCCAGCGAAUAAAUUUCUCUCUUGAAGAUUCCUUGGUUUCAAAAGUUUUAUGCAGGUUGGUUGCAGAUAUUGAAAGGCGCUCACAUCAAGAAUUUGUCAUUAGUUCAGCAAAAAUAUUGGCAAAAAAGCUUGAAGAAGAUUUGGAGGAUGAUUUAGACUUUUCUUUGAACAUUCUAGUUCUCGGGAAAAGUGGUGUGGGAAAGAGUGCAACCAUUAAUUCUAUUUUUGGCGAUACAAUGGUAAUGACAGAUGCAUUUGAACCUGCCACAACCUCUGUAAGAGAGGUUUAUGGAAUUGUAGACGGAGUCAAUAUCAGAAUCCUCGACACACCUGGUCUCAGGUCCCCUAUGAAGGAGCAAUCUUUCAACAAAAAGAUACUAUCAUCGGUAAAGAGGUAUAUGAAAAAGUUUCCUCCAGAUGUCAUUCUCUAUGUGGAUAGAGUAGAUUUCCAGAGCAUAGAUCUAAAUGAUUUACCGAUAUUAAGGUCUAUCACAAGUUCUCUUGGUCCAUCAAUAUGGCAACACACAAUUCUUGCUCUCACUCAUGCUGCUUCUACUCCUUUGGAUGGUCCAUCAGGAUCCCCUCUGAGCUAUGAAGUAUUUGUUGCUCAAAAAUCCUAUCCUGUUCAACAAUCAAUCAUCAAAGCAGUUGGUGAUCAAUGUCAAUUGAGCCCAAGUUUCAUGUGUCCAGUGUCUCUUGUUGAGAACCAUCCAUUAUGUGGAAAAAAUAUAUCUGGGGACAGUGUGCUUCCCAACGGACUUAGGUGGAGAAGCCAGUUAUUAGCUUUGUGUUUCUCUCUGAAGAUCCUAUCUCAAGUGUCUUCUGUUUCAAUACCUUGUACUCUCUUUGACCACUGGAAGCAGUUUUUGUUGCAGGACCAUUCUGAGCCUAUGUGCCAUCUAUGUUCUUGUUUGUUGCAGUCUCCUGCUCAUCAUCUAAAAUUCUCUGCCAAUUGGAGUUAA